AUGGAGGAUGUGCUAUCCCGAGCGUGGGCACAGGUGAAGUGGGAAGAGGACGUCGCUAGCCGCCCCAAGGCUAAACCCAAACAGGAUCAGAGGUCCACCCGAUCAGACCGGGGAGACCGAGAAGAAAGAUCCUCCCAAAAGGGAUACAAGGACUCCGGAAGCAGGAACCGGGGCAGGUUCCAAUAUCGGCCAUUAGAAAAAGAAGAGGGGAUGUCUGUGUCUACCAAUCUCUCAAUAUUCACACCAGAGCUGGUCAAUACGCUGAGGCAGAUGGGCCAACAGAUCGAGGUCAACGAACUGCUCCAAAAGGGGCAUCUCCGAGAAUCCCUUUCAAAGAAAGCCACGGCUCAUCUUAGCAAAAAAGCAUCAGGGAAAUCCAAAGGAGACGCACCAAGCUCACCACCUCGCCAGGACCGGGUGAUUCAUGUCAUCUCAGGAGGCUCUGAAGUAACUGGCGUGAGUCAUGCAGCUGCGAAGAAGAGCACCCGUAAUCCUAAACACGGCCUAGAGACUGCUCAACCUAAAUGCCUACUUCUAAGUACCGACGAGAUAAGCUUCACAGCCAACGAGCAAGAAAAGAUAUUAGCUCCCCACCAUGACGCUCUAGUUGUCUCUCUCACCAUAGCGUACUGUUUGGUGAAAAGAAUACUAGUAGACAACGGGUCCUCCAGCAAUAUCAUCUUCCUGACGGCGCAAAGUAACUCCACUCAUCGCAAAGUAACUCCACUCAUCAGGUUCAGCGGCGAGGUCAAGCAAACCGCUGGGGAGGUUGUUCUGCCAGUAUAUGCUGAAGGGAUCAACCUAUCUACCAAAUUCCUGGUCGUGGACUGCCAAUCGGCAUACAACAUGAUCUUAGGUCAACCCUGGAUUCACGACAUGGGAGCAGUCCUUUCAACCCUCCAUCAAAUAGUGAAGUUCCCUACACCCUGGGGCAUCAGAGCAAUCCGAGGAGACCAGGAGAAUUCUAGGUCCUACUACCAGACCACCUUAAAAGGGAAGACCAAGGUCUUAUAG